UUUUGUUCCUUCCAGAGAUGGCAAGCUGGGUCUCCACCCUCCUCUUCCUAAUCUGGUUGUCAGUCUCUCAAGCCCAAGAGGGGAGUGGAAAAAUCCCCACUGUGGAGUUCAUCUCUGAAACCCUGAUUAACAACGUGGUCCAGGACCCACAGACUGGUCGCAUCUACCUGGGAGCAGUCAACAAUAUCUUCCAGCUGAGCCCGUCCCUCCAGAAGGAGGCCCGCACUGAGACGGGCCCAAAAAAAGAUGCCAAAACAUGUACACCUCCUGCUUCAGGCUGUCUGGACACAGUGCUCAUGCCCAACAGCAACAAGCUUCUGCUGGUCCACCCAACCAAUGGUUUACUAAUAGUAUGCGGCAGUCGAUACAGAGGCAUAUGUUCCCUCCUCAACCUGUCUAAUGUAGAACAAGAGCUGUAUUACAAUGACAAAAACAACGAGAGGACUUACGUGGCUAGCAUAGAGGAUAAUGUGAACGUGGUGAGCGUCAUGUCCAACUACACAAAAAAUGGCCGGACCUUCAAAGUGUUCCUUGUUGGAAAGGGCUAUGGAAGCCUGGACAGUAGAAAACUAAUCAGCACACGAAUCCUUGAGGACUACCAGGACUGGGUUGUGUUUGAGAACAUCAUUGAGGCAUCAGCGGUACAGACGGCGCCAUUUGUCCUCAAGUACUUACACGACUUCCGACAUGCCUUCAAAGAGGAUGGUUUUGUGUAUUUCCUCUUUUCUCGGACUCUCGAUGGCACAGAUAACAAAAACUUGACUUUUGUGUCUCGUCUUUGUGAAAAUGACCAACAUUACUAUUCGUACACAGAGCUCCAGUUAACCUGCGGUACAAACAACCGGUACAACAAAGUCCAAGCUGCAUAUGUGGCUUUUCCAGGAAAAGAGCUGGCACGGGUCAUGUCUCAAUCUGGUAAUUAUGGGACGGUCACCUCAUUCACAAAAGUCCUCUUCAUGGUGGCUCAUCCAGAUGACGACGAAAGCGACUCUGCUCUCUGCAUGUACCCGCUGAACUCCAUCAAUCAGCAGCUGAUGGAUAUCAUCAGUGCAUGCUACAGUGACUCUGGGGAGAUUUCUGGGAUUCCUGCUGUGGACGUACCCUACUCAUCUCAAACCUACACAGCAUGCACUUCAAAAAUUUCUAAGGAUGCAUUGGGAAACUUCAAGUGUGGUGCAGAGCAUUUGCUUUCGCCUCUGGCAAGCAAGCCAGCAUUUGCCUUAAAGGCAGAUGCAGCGUUGACCAUGUCGGUCCAUCUGACUGCUGUAGCUGUUGCUGUGGAGAAUGACCACACGAUCGCCUUUUUGGGCAGCGCCAACGGAGAGGUCUUCAAGGUACACCUGAGACCAGGUGAAUAUGGCAACGAGCCGUACUCCUCUGUUGGCAACAACAUAGGAGAGAAGGUCAACAAGAACCUUUUCCUUGACCAAAGCCAGAGCCACCUCUACAUUACCACAGAGAAGAGGAUCACCAAGGUGCCAGUGCAGACGUGCCUCGAAAUGAAAGACUGCCAAUCAUGCGUGGGACUGAGGGACCCUUACUGUGGCUGGUGUGUUUUGGAGGGCAGGUGUACCAGGAGGUCUGAGUGCCGACGGGCAGAGGAGAAAAAUGGCUGGUUGUGGAGCCCCAAGCAGCAGUGUGUCAAGAUUGUAUCCUUCUCUCCUUCAAACCUUUCCUGCAGAAAGACUGGCAAGGUGAACAUCAAUAUUCCCUCCCUUCCUACCAUUGGACACUCUGACCAUCUGCAAUGCAAGAUUGAGUCUUUCCAGAGUAACGGCAUCAUGUCAGACUCUGGUGAGGUCUCCUGUGAUCUCCCCCAGCCUGGGCUUAUACCGAAAACACCUGAGGGCCAAGACUUUGUGGCCGUGGCUAUCAGGAUCUUUGUCAAUGACACUGUGGAGUUGGCCACGCGGGAAUUCAGGUUCUACAACUGUGCUGCCACAGUGAGGAAAUCUGAAAACACACCGUGCAUGUCAUGUGUAGGCAGUCCGUGGGGAUGUCAGUGGAACACACAGGACCACACCUGCAGCGAUGCGGACAACAGUGUGGUUGAUUCCCACAUCAUCAAGCACCGUCAGAGUGCAAACUGUCCUCGGUUUGAGAAUCCUGAUCCUGGGCUCAUCCCUGUGGGCUACAAGACUCCAAUCGGCUUUGAAGGCAUAAAUCUUAAACAAUACCAGGGUCGUCAUUUCACCAUUGGCAGUGAGCUGAUGACAAAGGAAGAAGAUGUCUCGUUUGAGGAGGGGGGGGCAUUCUACACAUUCAGUGGCUUCAAUUUUUUCUAUGAUAAGUCACCGGAGACCAAUGUUCUGUUCUACGUGAAGGACAAGGAGUCUGGCAAGAAGAUGGACAGCACGGUGUACGUCACACUGUACAACUGUGCCGUUGAGAGGAAUGACUGUAGUCUUUGUAAGAAUGCCGACCCAAAGUACAAGUGUGUGUGGUGCAGCAAGAAGCAGGCAUGUGUGUAUGAGAAGCUCUGCGAUCCUCUCCCCAGCAACACCGAGUGUCCCGACCCCGAGAUCACCAAUAUCAGCCCUCUUUUCGGCCCCGUGCUGGGAGGCAUCUCCAUCACCAUCAGCGGCUCCAACCUCGGUAUCGAUCAGGGAGACAUUAAAAGCAUCACGGUGGCUGGGAAGCCCUGCAUUCAUGAGCCAGAAAAAUACUCCGUCUCCAAAAGAGUUGUGUGUGAGAUUGGACCUGCUGAUAAAGCUGACUGGGGACAGGUUGAGAUCGAGGUGAAUGGGGGGAAGAGAGGAACCUCCUCUGUUUCCUUCACCUACAGGGACCCGGUGCCUGAGGAGGUGAUGCCAAAUAGAGGUCCUAAAGCAGGGGGAACCCUCAUUACAAUCUCUGGAUUAUUUCUGAAUACUGGCAGUAAGGAAGAUGUCCAGGUUACCAUCGGAGGGGUGAACUGCAGUGUGGAGCACUUUGGAGAAAAUAUCACCUGCAGGACAGGAGAAUACCGCGCGGAUAAAGUGCCCUCUGACCCUCUCGACGUCGUAAUGAAGUAUGGAAAGAGAACCACAAAAACCAUCCCGACUACUUUUCGGUUUGUUGAAAACCCCACUGUGCAGGAUCACCAUCCCAAAGCAAGCUUUGUCUGUGGAGGGAGGAAUAUUGUGGUAACUGGCACCAGGUUUGACAUAAUCCAGACUGCAAUCAUGAAGGUCCAGGGACGUGACUGGUCAUCUUCAGAGCUUGCCCAGAAGAAGAACGACACAGUCAUCCAGUUUCAGUCUCCAACAGUAAACGGCUCUGCAAACCAGCACUUGAAAACAGUCAUCAAACUGGACAACUGGGAGAAGGAGCUGAAGCCCUUUUACUACCACCCUAACCCCAGCUUCGAUACUGUAACCAAGAGUGUCAUCACUGAGAGCAGCAUAAUUAUCGUUACUGGUCGGGGAUUCUCCAAAGCCAUGACAGCAAACGAGGCUCAAGCCUUCGUAGGUGACGUUCAGUAUGUGGUCAGCACCCUUCAGGAUGAAAAGCUGUUCCUGGAACCACCUUCCAGCCCACCUGGUGCUCACUCCACACAGGUGGAUGUAAAGAUCAAGUUUGGGAAAGGGGAGUGGGUGGUUGGCUCAAUGGAAUUUGAGGAUAAGAAUUUUUACCUCUACAUGAUCAUCCGCAUUAUCCUUCUGGUCACCCUGGUCACCGUCACUAUCUCUGUCUACUGCGCCACACGAGCUCAGUUGUUUUAGGUUUGUUUUAAGACUCAUAUCAUAUACUGUGCAUUCAUCUAGCUGGCCAAUAUGCCACUAUAUGCAACACAAAAGUGGACAGUCGUGUGUUUCCACGCAGCUACUUUUUGAUUUUGCCAUGUCAUGCAGUCUCUUGUGAACUGUACACUGGUAACACGUUUUAAAUUAUUGUAUAUAAUUCAUUAAACAUUCCACCUCAAUGACAUCACAGGGGAAAAUUUAGUACAUUUUAAAGAUUAUUAUAGUUAUUGAGAUUUUUUUUUAAAUUCUUUUUUUUAAUGUCAGCAAAAAGCAGCUUUUUUUCCUGCCACUAGUCAUAUCGCUCACAUUAAUCCUGCAAUAUAUAUAUAUAUAUAUAACAUGAUAAAAACAUUUGCUUACAGUAGCACUUCAGUAUUAUGUAUAAGAAUUAUUCAGAUUGUUUUACGCAUUAUGUUUUUGAUUUUUUUUGCCUUUUUACCCUUGUAAUGUUCCUUACAUUCAGCGCUUUAGAGGCAAAGUGCUUCUGCUUUAAUACAUUUAAUAAACU